GGCCGGCGGGCAGGCUCGGCGCGACCCUUCCGUCCGGCCCGCGCCGGCGGCUGGGAGGCGGCGCGCGGCCCGUAGCCAGCCCAUGGAGGCUUUCCCCUGGGCGCCCCGCUCGCCCCGCCGCGGCCGCGCCCCCCCGCCCAUGGCGCUCGUGCCCAGCGCCCGCUACGUGAGCGCCCCGGGCCCGGCGCACCCGCAGCCCUUCAGCUCCUGGAACGACUACCUGGGGCUCGCCACGCUCAUCACCAAGGCGGUGGACGGCGAGCCGCGCUUCGGCUGCGCCCGCGGUGGGAACGGCGGCGGAAGCUCCCCGCCCUCCUCCUCCUACUCGUCCUGCUGCUCCCCACACGGGGGAGCCGGGCCCGGGGCGCUGGGGCCAGCGCUGGGGCCGCCCGACUACGACGAAGACGACGACGACGACAGCGACGAGCCGGGGCCCCGGGGCCGCUACCUGGGGGGCGCGCUGGAGGUGCGCGCACUGGAGCUGUGCACCGGCCCCGCCGAGGCCGGGCUGCUGGAGGAGCGCUUCGCCGAGCUGAGCCCGUUCGCCGGUCGCGCUGCCGCCGUGCUGCUGGGCUGUGCGCCCGCCGCCGCCACCGCCACCACCGGCGACGCGACGCCGCGCGAAGAGCGGUCCCCGGCGUGGGCUGCAGAGCCCCGGCUGCACGCGGCCUCCGGGGCGGCGGCCUCCCGACUGCUGAAGCCCGAGCUGCAGGUGUGCGUGUUCUGCCGGAACAACAAGGAAGCGAUGGCGCUCUACACCACCCACAUCCUCAAGGGCCCCGACGGGCGAGUGCUGUGCCCUGUGCUGCGCCGCUACACGUGUCCCCUGUGCGGCGCCAGCGGCGACAACGCGCACACCAUCAAGUACUGCCCCCUCUCCAAAGUGCCGCCGCCGCCCGCCCGCCCGCCGCCCCGCAGCGCCAGGGACUGCCCGCCCGGCAAGAAGCUGCGCUGAGGACCCUGGCUCCCGGCUCACCAGGGUCACCGCUGCCGCCCCUCGCACCGCUGGGUCUGCACAGUAUCUCGCCCCUGGCGUGGGGAGGCGUGCGGCUCAGCGGUCGGCUCGACUUGGGACGUCGUCCUGGUUUUUCAAAAGCAGCGACCGUGUGGAGUACUUUCGUGCAGAGCGGUUGGAACUGGACGCUGAAAUCCCCGUUUGUCUUCAGUUUCUAGUUUGCACAUCCAGAACGGCGAAGGCUGGGUGUGUAUUCCACUAACUGAAAUAUGGCAACAUAGAGGCGCUGUUUAUUUACUGUAUACGUCGACCUAUUUUAGAUGCGCGUCAGUAUGAAAUUGUCUCAAUCUAAUCUUGGAUGUUUCAUUUUAUGAAUGGAGGCACUUUACUAGGUCUAGAAUAUUUUUUUAAAAGCCUCUGAACUGAGCUUAAAAAUGGCGAUUUUAUGAAAUGUCGGCAAAAUGACUAUUUUAUUGUUUGAAGCGAGUAAUACUCUUAGUUGUCCUUAAAAAUCAGUUACUCUAAUUCCAGGUGAAGCAAGCCCUUGGUAGCAUCACCCUUAUGAGAAGUGAAGGUUUUGUAAACUUUCCAGUAUUAAUUUGAGCGGGUAUUCCCUCCUUGUGGCUUGUUUCUGUCCUAGCUGGAGGUGUAAGAUGCACAGUCUGUAGCAGGUAGAAUACAGCUCCUUAUCCUUUUAUGUACCAGAUCUUUUAUUACUGAACUAUCAACUAGUCUUUUCCACCUUUAAAAGUUGUGCCAAGUCAUAAUCGUAUUGUGUAAACUUGGAAAUGGUGCUGUUUAAAAAACUUGUGUAUUUAUACAGUAACAGUAUGAAUUCAUUAAUCUCACCUGUAACUUUCCUACUUGGCCUUUUCUCUACACACUCACUUCCAGUUCUUGAAAAACGUUUAUAUUACGAUCAAAGGGAGGAAGGCAAGACAGCAGUAUUAAUUCACCCUAGAUUACUCAGUUUCAGGGUUCCUAAAUAGUGGAGGAAAGCCCAUUCCAGCUGUUGCCUCUCAAAUAGAAGAUGGAUCUCUGGCUCUGACUUGUUGGUGUAUCAACUCGUAUUCAAGAAGGUUCGAUCGUGGGCUGCGUCUGACCUUAAGAGUACCGGCAGUGCUCAAACUAGAAUAAGCACUAAUUAAAGGAAUUGUUGGGGGUCCUUCAUGUUACCAUUCCUACUGGAAGACCCACGUCCAUUUCUGGAACCCCACCAGUUACCCAUAAGCAAGACUAAACCUGAUACUUAGGCAGAAGUUCCUAACCCCUACUUUACCCUCCCACCCUCACCUUUAAAUCCACCAUACUGAAUGCCACACCGUGGAAUGCAGCCACUGUGGCUGCCAAUCAAGACAGAUGUAGAAGGCAAAAAUAAGUGAAUUAAGAUGAACUCAUCUGAAAUGCAUCACUAUCUGAAGAUACCAGCAUGAGAUUUAGUAUACAUGUAUUAGGCUCCCAGCAGGAGGAUUUAGCUAGACAAUUAGACUGCUUUCACAUUCCACAGCUAACUUCCUCCACAGCAAAUUGACUCAAUCAGGAACCUUCAUUUGAAGGUGUGUUUAGAGGGUGGGGCAAAUACUGGAUAGUUCUUUUUAGCCAAAGGUGCAUAUCGAGAACCCCGGGGCGGGUAGGGGAAAAGCAGUUUCUUAGCCAGGAAAGAAAAAAAUCCAAUCCUGCUAGUCUUCCCAGACUAGAGAACUGCAGAUCUGAUUGGGCCUGAAUUAAGUAGCUUAAUGAAACUGUGUAAUCGUCCUUUUGCUAGAAAAUAUACCAAUUUAAAUGAGCUUCGCUUUCUGGGUGAAGUUGCUAAGGUCAACACGAAUCCUCUUACCUCUCCCACUGCUCCGGUUCUGCCUUUUUCAAAAGGACCACUAUAUACGCAUCAGUACAUUACUCUAGGCCAAAAGGGCUAGCCAGGUGGCAAGAUCAACUAAGCUACUUUGUAUUUUUAAGAGUUAAAUUAUAGAUGGUUUGUGAGGCUUUGACAUAGCUUCAAUAUAUGGGAGUCACUGUGACAAGAGAUGUGCCUAAUGUUAAUUUCACAUUCUGACACCAUUACUAUUUUACCAGAACCAAGAACAUGUUGAGCUGGAGUUUCCUGAGGGCAGGAGAGUAUUAGGAAAGGCAUCCAGAAGACCCUCUGUUAACUAGUCAGGCAGCCACUAUUCAUCUAUUUUUAAAGUACCCCAUUUUCAGACCAGACAUGGUAGCUCACGCCUGUAAUCCCAGCACUUUGGGAGGCUGAAGCAGGCAGAUCACCUGAAGUCAGCAGUUUGAGGCCAAUGUGGGGAAACCCCGUCUCUACUAAAAAUACAAAAAUUAGCUGGACGUGGUGGCAGGUGCCUGUAAUCCCAGCUACUUGGGAGGCCGAGACAGGAGAAUUGCUUGAACCCAGGAAGCGGAGGUUGCAGUGAGCCCAAAUCCACAUUGCACCACUCCACUCCGGCCUGGGCAACAGAGUUAGACUGUCUCCAAAAAAAAAAAAAAAAAAAAAAAAAACCUCCAUUUUCAGCUCCUGUGCAAAUAUGCCUAGGUUUUCCAGCUGACAAUGAAUACUGAAGUUAAAACACCAAAUAUUACUAUAGUUAAUUUUCUAGGGCUCUUCUUAUGAAAAGUACAUGUAAACACGUUCAUUUAAAAAUCCUUGGAACUCAAUGUGAGACUUUAAACAUUUUGCAAAAUUACAUUUAGAGAAACCUAAUUUCUCAAAGUUUAAGAAAUAUGCAAAGUAAUUAUGACAGUUAUCUUAACAUGCUGCAUGCUUGGUUAAGUAGCAAAAUACAGGGAAUACUCAAAAGGGCUUCUUCAACUAUAGAGGUACAGAUUGUCUUAACCUGUUCUUUUCUGUACAGACUCAAAUUUCUAGUGGCUUUUAUUUUUCUUUGUAUUUUAAUUUUCCAACAAAGUCCUUUUUGGAAGUUGCGGAAUUAUUAGCUUUGAUGAGAACAACUUUUGUCAUAGAUUUGAUUUAUUUAACUAAAAGUAUACAUAUUAAAAUUAUAUCACAAAUAUAUAUGCUUCCAGACAAAAAAAAGUUUGUUAGUCCUGAUUUUCUAAUCGUAGCCACUCAAGAACAGUCCUUUGACAGUACCCCAUAUAUUUCAGUUAGACUUAUAAAAGUAUAAAUCAAUCUAUGGUCAGUGUCUUUGGUU